AUGACUAUUUUUGUAUGUGACCUAAGGUUGACAAUGAUCCAUAUAAAUAUAUACUACGGUGGACCCCUUAGCAAUGCCAACCCUUAUGACGGAUUGAUGUUUCAAGGUCUGGGUAUCCAAUGCUACUAUAUGAUGAUACGCCGUAAGCUAAAGACCCUGAAUGAUUUGAAACCACAUGCAGAAGUCGGCGUAGAGGAAAUUGUACAAACAACUACAUCUCUACAGUUUGCAGUCCUAGAUGAUCGAUGCACCACAUUGGGAGGCUAUACACCCUCUUUUCAAGAGACACCAACAACAAUUGAGAGCGAACCUGGAAAUAGAUAUGAAAAUCAAUUUUGUACACAUCGAGGCAAAUCCUCUACAGUUCCAGUAGUUGAAGAUGAAGAUGAAGACGAAGACUGUAUUGGGGAAGAUAUUGACGAUAGAAAUGAGUACGAAGAGAGGAUUGAGAGAGACGACUUUGACAGGGGUGUUGAUGACCAUGAAAUUACUCCCAUUCCUCAUGUUAAUGAUAUGGCUGAACGUGAUGAAGAUGAUGCGGAUGCUACUGUUAGAGUUCAGCAUGUUACAAAUGCGACCCCCCUUUAUGAAUCUCCUGCCUCAUCAUUUUAUGAAAAUACUUGGGAAAAUAUGGUUGAUCCUGAAGUUGCUCAGCAAGCAUUUGGUUCUUCUUGGAAUGUGGACAUGAAUUUUGCGAAAGGGUUGAUUUUUACGAAUGAAGAGGCGGUGAAAUGUGCAUUAACAAUUUACGCCACAAAGCAUAACAGAAACAUUGUGACUAGUAGGUUGACCAGAAGUAGAUUGUCUGUGAAAUGCGUCGAUGAGUCAUGCAUGUGGUUCGUUGGGGCAGUCGCGAAGCUUGAACAUGGACUAUGGAUGCAAAAUUUGUUCCAUUGUUGCAAGAAAAACACAUGGCAACAAUUUAUCACCUCAGAGAUUUCAUUGAAGGGAAGUAUUAUUGGGCAUAAGCUUUCUUACUAUAAGAUAUGGGAUGCGAAACAACAAGCUAUUGUAAAGAUAUUCAGGGAUUGGGAAGAGUCUUACCAAAAGUUGAGAAAGUUAUUGUUGACAUACUUGGAUCAAGAAACUGGCACCCAGUACUGGUGGCACACCAUACCCAGGGACGAGUUCGGUGAUACAAUAUUGUGCUAUGUAUUUUGGGCUUUCACUCCAUGCAUUGAAGGAUUCAGACAUUGUAAGCCAGUGAUCAGUAUUGAUGGGACUCAUUUGUAUGGUAAAUAUCGAGGGGUGUUGUUGAUUGCAAUGGCCACCGAUGCCAACAACAAGGUUUUGCCUCUCGCCUUUGCCGUUGUGGACAAAGAGUUAGGGCCUAGUUGGAGGUGGUUUUUAGAACGCCUCAGGAUCUCACUGGAAGAUGUGAUAGCAGAUAAGGACAUUUGCAUAAUUUCUGACCGACAUAAAGACGCCACUUUAAAGUCAUUGGCCUUGAAAGCGGGGUAUGCUACUCAGGAAGCUAAGUUUGAGUUGUACAUGCAACAUAUCAAGGAAGCCGAGAUUGAGGCCCUUAGGAAGAAACGGAGAACCGAGCGGCAGGAAAGUGAACCCGACUCAUCCAUCAUGCCAUACACAUAUCUAAUGACAGAGGAUCUAGACAUGUGGACCCAGCUACAUGAUGGUGGAUACCGUUAUAGGGUUAUGACAACCAAUGUCUCGGAGUGCUUCAAUGGAGUACUGAAAGGUGCCCAUGGCCUACCCAUUGCUGCAAUGGUUGAAUUUACUCAUUGCAAACUUUUUGCGUAUUUCCAUGAUCGACACAAAGAAAUUACUCAUGAUCUCUCACAGGGCAAGGUAUGGAGUAAAUAUGCCUUAAAAACCUAUGGACAAAACCUACAAAAAUCUCUUGGCCACCACAUAAAUGCGUUUAAUUAUCUGAAUGGUAUAUAUCAAGUAAUUACUGCAUACAACAUCCAUAGCUCUAGAGGGGGACACCAUAGUCAUGAAGUAAACCUAAUAGCCAGAACAUGUCGUUGUGGAAAGUGGCAAAAUCGAAAGAUCCCUUGUUCACAUGCAAUUAAAGCUCUUCAGUACUUGGGGCAAGAUACGACUACAUAUAUUGACCCAUGUUAUAGUUUGAACAACGCCAUUCACACCUACUCACUUGUAUUUGUGGUGCCAAAGUCAGAGCCAUUGUGGAGAGAUAUGGACGGUCCAAAGUGGGUGCCUGACCCAAACCUGUUGCGGGGCAAAGGUCGACCUGUGGCGUCUAGGAUACGGAAUGAGAUGGAUGGGGUUCGACAAGAACCAGGAAGCCGGAGGCCAGAUUCUGACUUGAGGGAGAUUCAACAAAAGCAGAGCUGUGGAUUGUGUCAUCAACAUGGGCAGAACCGUAGAAGAUGUCCACUUUCCUAUGGGGCUUCGACAAGCAGUAAUGAUCCAAACUAG